CAUUCAUAUUCAAUUAUUUGAUCUAGAUCAAAACUUAUUCAUUGAUAUAACAUCAUGAAUAAAUCGAUAUCAUCGAAACAAAUUAAAGAACCAGAAUUAUUUGAUAUAACAAAUCAAUUAAAAUUAUGGGCAAUUAAUAUGUAUCAUUUAACAGCAACAAAAGAUCAAAAAAAAUAUGAUCCAAUUGAAUUAUUAUUACGUAUUAUAUGGGAUGAUAUUAAUGUAAAUAAUGAAAAACCAGAAUAUUAUGAUAAUAAUCGAAUAAAAUUACCUAAAUCACAUUUAUUAUUUUCUACAACAUUUAAAAAUAAUACAGAUACUGAACAAGAAUAUAAUUUUCGUACAGAACGUUGUACACGUUCAAUUAUUGAAAUUGAAAUACAAAAAGGUGUGAUAUUAUCAAAAGAAUUAUCAUUGAAAUUAGCGUUACCUAAUUCAAUUAUGGAAGCCAAUGCUGGAUUUAAACAUGAAAUUUCAAUUGGAUCAUCAACAAGACAAUCAACUGAAGAAGAACUUGCAUGGGGUGUAGAUACACGUAUUACAGUACCACCAAGACAUUCUGCUUUCGCUGAAGUAAAAAUUGAAGAAGAAGAAAUGAAUUGUUGUUUUCGUUUAAAAACAUCAAUGUAUGGAAGAAUUCGAAUCUUAUUCUUAGAUCCUAUUCAUGAUAAUUCAUUAAUUAAAUAUCUUGAAGGUGAUUUAGGUACAAUUAUACAAGAAUCAUUAAAAUCUGAUCGUUUUAAACAAAAUGAUAUUGAACAAAAUUCUUAUUUAUGGACUGAAUCAAUGUUAAAAUCAAAUCAACGUAUAAUUUAUAUAGAAACAUAUGGAAAAUGUAAAUUUCGUUUUGGUAUACAUCAAUUUGUUGAAGUUAAUCAAAAACUACAUUUAGAAAACAAUUAUAUAAAUAAUAAUUGAUAGUUGCUAUGGUAACUAUAAAUUUAAACAUUAUAUUAUAGGAUACCAUCAUUUUGAUCAAGUGCAUUUCAAAUGAUCUUUUUAUGAAUUUAUUUGAUCCCAUAUGUAUAAAGAUCAUUGAUAUUUUUAUUCUUGUGUUCAUUUUCUUUUACAAUUUAAUAUAGUUUUUUUAUUUAUUUAUUUA